AGAGGGAGUGAGAGACCCCACACAAUGAAAUUAAUGAUCCACCAUUUUAGUGGCAGUGCUCUGUAACCCCUACAUGUGAACACCGACAAUUGCCAGCUACUUCGUCUGUCACUCCUUUUCCUUCACUUUAUUAUUAUUUUUUCUUUUCCGGUACUCAACUCGCCCGUCGUCUUAUCUAUCCUUAUAUAACUCUCCUUACGACUCUUCGUCCGAGAAGUUAUCUCUCCGUUGUAUUGCCCCUUUUUUCUCUGCUUGUUCUCGGCGACUCAUAGACAAAAGGCAACCUACUACCAUGGCCAGACUGCUUCUCUUGUUUGCUCUCUGCGUCCUGCCGGCGUUCGUCGCCGCUGCCCGUCCUGCCAGAAACCCUUUCACCGUCUUUGGCAAAGUCUACUGUGACAACUGCCGCGCUGGUUUUGAGACAUCGGCCACCACUUACAUUCCAGGUGCAAAGGUCAGAGUGGAAUGCCGAGACAGGGACACCCUGAACCUGCUCUUCAGCGUUGACGGUGUGACGGAUUCCACUGGGUCAUACAAGAUCCAGGUCGCAGAAGACCACGAGGAUCAACUCUGCGAAUCAGUUCUUGUGAGCAGCCCCCAGAAUGACUGUUCAGCAGUGGAGCCAGGCCGUGAACGUGCUCGUGUAAUCCUCACCCGCGGCAAUGGAAUCGCGUCGGACAACCGUUACGCCAACUCUUUGGGCUUCAUUAAGGACCAGCCUCUCCCUGGAUGUGCAGAAAUCAUGAAGCAAUACCAGGAACUCGAAGAGUAGGUCUGCCUUCGCUAGUUGUUACUAGUGUUACCCUUAAUAGAUUUUAUUGGUGAUGUUCGUAAUAUCUGUUAUUAUUGUUUGAGAAACUGCCUUGUGAUGUCUUAACUCUUAUACUAUAAAUGGAUACGAUAGCCAUCAACCAUAUGUGUUUUCUGCAUCUAGAAUUUCUAACGGGAGUUGAGGACUCUUUCAUUCCUCCAUUUUGUCUUA